CUGGGGUAAAGAGAUGAAGAAGAUACAUUUCUCCGGAGACACUGCAUCUGACUUCUAUCAGCAUCCACCAGAGUGCACUGGUCUCAACGCAAACUGGAAUAACGUGCUGUCAGACCAGGAUUUCCCUAUUGUUGAAGGAACAGUGCUAACACUGAGUUGUAGAGGAGGAGAGGAGAUAAAGGGGGACAAGACAGUGAUCUGUGUUAAAGACACUGAGUACCAGUAUACAGAGGAACCUACAUGUUACUGGAUACCAGUACGCGCCAACGUAAAGAUCGAUUACGACUUUGAAAACUCUCCUCUGAGAAUAAAAACUGUCAGUUCAAUAGGAAGUAGGAAGAACAUGAUUGUCUCGCUCUACUCCUCAAGUGCUGGAAUUUUAGGACAAAUCCAGAUUCGACUGAAUGCCAAACCCCAAUAUUGGAUCAAAAAUUGCCGUCAAUCCUGGACAGAAUUUCCUCCAAACCUCCCAGAAAACAAUAAUAGAGAUUGGAAAAUAACCAAAACCUCGCAACCAGUUGGGCUAACAAUUCACUGCAACAACACAGAAAUUCUGAACAUCCAGUUUUCAGAGACAACAUGUACAAGUCAUACAAAUAAUUGGAUGAAUUUCUGGGGUAAAGAAAUGAAGAAGAUAAAUUUCCAAGGAGACACAGCAUCUGACUUCUAUCAGCAUCCACCAGAGUGCACUGGUCUCGACGCAAACUGGUACAACGUGCUGUCAGACCAGGAUUUCCCCAUUGUUGAAGGAACAGUGCUAACACUGAGUUGUAGAGGAGGAGAGGAGAUAGAGGGGGAUAAAACAGUGAUCUGUGUUAAAGACACUGAGUACCAGUAUACUGAGGAACCUACAUGCUAUUGGAAACCAGUGGUGUCUACCAACACAAAGAUCGAUUACGAUCUAGAAAAUUUUCCUCUAAGAAUCAAAACUGACAGUUCAAUAGGAUCUAAAAAUCGAAUCGCGGUUUACGUUUACUCUUCGGGCGAUCAGUUAUCAGCAGGCCGAAUCCAAAUUCAUCUGAUGACCAAACCAAGGUAUUCCAUCGAUAACUGUCGCACCUCCUGGACAGAACUCACUACCAGCCUCCCAGAAGACGAUAACAGGGUCUGGAGAAUAACCAAAACUUCUAAUCCUAUCGGAAUAACUAUUGAUUGCAACGACAAGGAAAUCCUAAACUUCAAGUUCUCAGAAGAAACAUGUACAAGUCACAGCACCAGCUGGAUGACUUACUGGGAUAAAGAGAUGAAGAAGAUAAAUUUCCACGGAGACACAGCAUCUGACUUCUAUCAGCAUCCCCCAGAGUGCACUGGUCUCAACGCAAACUGGAAUAACGUGCUGUCAGACCAGGAUUUCCCUAUUGUUGAAGGAACAGUGCUAACACUGAGUUGUAGAGGAGGAGAGGAGAUAGAGGGGGAUAAGACAGUGAUCUGUGUUAAAGACACUGAGUACACAUUUUCAUUGGAACCUACAUGUUACUGGCAAACAGUGGAAAAGAACAAAUUAAUUGAGUACGACCUAGAAAACUCUCCUCUCAGAAUUAAGACUGACAGUGCAAUAGGAAGUAGGCAUGCAGUCUAUUUCCAAACUUUCUCCUUUGAUUCCAAACAGAUAGGACGCAUCUCCAUUCAUCUGGCCACGGUACCAAAGUAUUACAUUAGGUUUUGUCGCAAUUCCGCUGAAGAAUUUCCUGUCAGCCUCCCAGCGAGUGAUAAUGACGAUAGGGUUUGGAAAAUAACCAAACUCUCACAACCUGUCCGAGUGAUUAUUCACUGCGACAACACGGAGAUUCUACACCUCCAGCUGUCAGACUCCAUAUGUUCUAGUCACAAGGCAAACUGGAAGAACUAUUGGGGUAAAGAUAUAAAAAGAAUAAAGUUCAUUUCUGACACAGCGUCUGACUUCUUCUUGCCGGCUCAAGUUUCAGAAUGCGCAUUUUCCAGUGAGCCUACGUGUACUACUAGCGAGAAACAGUGCACCGGCUUUAAAGCAACAUGGACCAACAUGAUAACAACAACAAUGUUUCCUGUGAUACAAGGAACAGAGUUGAGUCUCAGCUGUGAGCAGGGGUAUGGACUAAAGGGAGAUGAUACAGUUACAUGUGUAACAGAUACUGAGUUUACUGCUGUAGUAGAACCACUGUGUGUUGAACAGUGCCAUAACUUCAAGCAAACUUGGAGGAACAUGUUAGUACCUGCGGGAAAGAAGCUGCCAGUUUUUAAAGGAACAGUCCUGGACCUAAAAUGCGAGAGGGGAUAUCAGAUGAGUGGUGAUACGACGGUCACGUGUGAGAUGAACACAGAGUUCACCUACGAAAAUGAUCCUCCGCAGUGUACUGCGGUUUGUGAUGGCGUUACUCCAACAUGGAGCACCACCAACAUGGUUCCCACACCAGAAUCUGUAUUCCCAAUAACUAAAGGAGCAACCCUGAUUAUCAGAUGUGAGCCUGGAUAUGAACGGAGUGGGGAUAAAAAAGUGACCUGUGAUCAGUUCCAGAUAUUUACCUUCUCUGCAGAGCCUCUGUGCAGUGCCUGCCCAGCGGGAAAGUACCGCUCUGACGAUAUAGAUAUCUGUCAACAAUGUGAAGGUGAGACCUACAGUACCGGUAAUGCUGGUUCCUGUACAUCUUGCCUUCCUGGAACAGCAAACGAAGAGAAAACUGCUUGUGCGGGGUUCUGUCCACAAUUGACGGUCCUGAACGCAAACAUCUCACCAAGUGGAACUGUAGAAGAGGGUUUAGUAGCAACAAUCACGUGCUCAAGACGCUUCCUUUUGAUUGGUUCUAAGACUGCUAUGACGUGUAAAUCAGAUGGUAGUUGGGAAGGUGACAAGCCCCACUGUAAGAAAAUAGGUGCGUGCAAAAUAUAUAUAUAAUUAAUGUAGGUGUUUUAUAUAGGGUUAUC